GUCACUCAGUGAGCAGGAACCGUCCCCGCGGUCACAGUCGCUGCUCGCUGCCCGGCAGCUGUGCGCCUGUCCCGGGUCAGAAGCUGCAGGAUACAUCGGACGGAGACGAGCUGCCAGCUGAGGACCGGCGGGUGUGUGUGUUUGUUUUUCCGCGUCGCGUGAAGCUGCUGGACGGUUGUUGUGCUGGAGCGUGCACGAUGCUGAGCGCAGUUAAAAUGGAGGGACACGAGCAUCCGGACUGGAGCAGCUACUACGGAGAGACCGAGUGUUACACUGCAGCAGCAAACAUGAACUCCGGUCUGACCAUGAACUCCAUGAGCAGCUACAUGAGCGCGCCUGGCAUAACCAGCACCGGUCACAUGAACGCGCAUUCCUAUAUGAACCCAGUUGGAGUGAGCCAGUCCUCCAUGUCAACCGGGGUUUCUCAGAGCCCCGGGGCCGUGCAGGCUGGAGGCGGGAUGACUGGCCUGAGCAUGAGCCCGAUCAGCCAGCCGCCGUACGGGAACGUGCCGGUGAUGAGCCCGGUAUACGGACAGGCCUGCAGCAUCAGAUCAAGGGAUCCCAAACCGUACCGGCGGAGCUACACGCACGCCAAGCCGCCGUACUCCUACAUCUCCCUGAUCACCAUGGCUAUCCAGCAGUCCGGCUGCAAGAUGCUGACGUUAAACGAGAUCUACCAGUGGAUCAUGGACCUGUUCCCGUUUUACCGGCAGAACCAGCAGCGGUGGCAGAACUCCAUCAGACACUCGCUGUCUUUUAACGACUGCUUCAUUAAGGUUCCCCGGUCUGCGGACAAACCGGGGAAAGGCUCCUUCUGGGCACUGCACCCGGACUCCGGGAACAUGUUUGAGAAUGGCUGCUACCUCCGUCGGCAAAAGCGCUUCAAGAGCGAGAAGAAGUCCGGUGCAGGUGACAAGGAACCGGGGGGUAAACCGGGCUCGGAGGGUGGCUCGGUCCCCAGCAGUGGAUCAGACUCCCCUCACUCAUCUUCCUCCUCCCCUCCGACCUCCAGUGCGGAUGUAAAAGCCGUCGACUUAAAACCUUGCCGCGCCAGCCCCGUGCGUGUGCCCUCCCCGCUCGCGCACACACAACACCUGUUCUCCCAUCAUCCUCAUCAUCAUCAUCAUCACCCGCUGCUGCUGCACGAGGCCGCCCACCUGAAACCACCGGACCCCUACCACCCCCACCCCCACCCCCACCACUACUCCUUCAACCACCCGUUCUCCAUCAACAACCUGAUGUCCGAGCCGCAGCACCACAAGCUGGACCCGGCGGUGCAGUACGGGGGCUACGGCUGCCCGGUGUCCGGUGCGCUGGUGGCGGCCAAAACCGGCCUGGAUCCCGUGCACACCGACACCAACUACUACCACGGCGUGUACACAAGAGGCCCGUAAUGAACUCCUCCUGAAAUAUACAUCUGACUUUUGUACAUUUGUAAAUGUGAGAAAGUGUUUUGUUGAAGGCCUGAAGGAUUUGUCAUUAGUGUGUUUGUAUACGUGCAACAGAUAAACAUCUUUAUAUGAAAAAACUUACUGUUUUUAUAUGUUUUAUUUAAUUUAUUCCAGUUUUUUUCUUUCCAGCGUAACUCACAAAGGUCUAGUUAGUCUUUUAAAUACAGACGCAUUAUUUGGGCAGUAAAAAGUGAUGAGAGGUAUCGAGAUCUUGAAUAAAAGGAGAAAUAAUAGGCUACAUUAACCCUUACACAUUGUUAAUACUCUAUAGUUACUAACUCUAAAUUUCUGAAAUGUCAUUUUCACUCGUCAAUUAUCUCAUCAGUCAUCAAUAAAUGGGUGAUUUAAUGGUUAAUGAAGCUUUCAGAGAGCAGAGUGUAUUAUUUAGGCUUACAGUUUAUUAAAAGCCUAUUAAGUAUAUCAUGAUCUAAUAACAGGAGACCAUUAGAGCCAUAGUCAUUUACAUUUUUGAAUGUAGAUUUUUGAAAGUUUUAAAUAAAUACAGGUCAAAUUUAACCUGAAACACUCUCUUUGUACAAAAAUGUGUAUUGUUGACCAUAAAAGUGCAUAAAAAUCUACUCCUAAAAAAUAUUUUCUGGUUCAUAAAAUUUCAGCCCCAAAAAUGUUUAGGGUGUUUUUAUUACUCUAAAAUGUAGAAAUGGGUCAGAUUUGAGUGAAUGAAAGGGUUAAGUAACA